AUGUCUUCCCCUGCUGCUGAGAUGGAAGAGAUGCCAGCUUUGACACCCAACCAGACAAUGCGAGGACAUACCGACUGGAGCGGCGCUCAAAUAGGUGAUGACUGGCGAGAUAAAGAGGAUGACGAGGAUGGAGAAGGAGUGCUGUCAAUUGCACUGUCUCCAAAUGGUACAAUUGUUGCAAGCGGAAGCAGUGAUGGGACAGUGAGGUUAUGGUUCGUCGAGACGGGGAAGGUCAUUGACAAGUGGACCGGACAUACUGGUUAUGUGAAGUCAGUUUGCUGGAGUCCAGAUGGUGAGCGGGUGGUGAGCGGAUCCCGGGAUGGAACAGCAAAAAUUUGGGAUGUGGAGAGCGGCGAGACUGUGCUAGGUCCAAUCAAAACGGGGCACAAGUGGGUGUAUGUGGUGGCCUACUCACCCGACUCAACAAAGAUUGCGACGGGAGGACUCCUCGAGAAUGGGAUCAAAAUAUGGGAUGCAACGACAGCUGAACUGCUCCACGCAGUCACACAUAGUCAAUCAGUCGGGAGUUUGUUGUGGACAUCGGACAGCGACAAGCUUAUCUCCGGGUCGUCAGAUGACUCAAUUAGGGUUUUCGACACUGCCACAUGGCAGGAACUUGCCAUUCUGGAGCACCAAGACGUUGUUUACAUCACUUUGUUUUCGAACAACCGCCUCCUUGUGAGUGGGUCAAACGAUGGAUCGGUGCUUUUGUGGGAUCUCGACACGAAUCUCCCUGUCGAUCCACCAAUCCAGCACGAAUGUGAGGGACACAAAUGUGUACACCUGGUACGUGCCCGCAAUCCUAAAUGCAACUGGGCUCGAAGACCUCCUGUCCUUUCCGAAUGUCAGUGUAAACAUAACACUUACCCUACCUGGCUAACAAUAUUAUUCGAACAGAAGCACUUACUGGACUUUGAAGACGCCCAAUUUCCAGAAGGAUUUUUUGACGACACGCGAGAAUACUCUCAUUAUCCCUCUGCGAGUCGCUCCCGCCGUGCUUUUGCCCCCUCACGUUCACGUCCGCUUCUCGUUGGUCUUUCUUCGCUUUUCCAUCGCUUUCGAUCCAACAAACAUGAGACGACACAACUCCAACAACGCCGGACACAAGGCUUCGUCUCACUACGUCGACCCCAUGUCGUAGAAGUCGCGGCUGUGCGCGAUAAAGGGUCCUUAUAUGUCGCCCCACCACGUAGCAAAAAGGGCAAAAGACAAAAUACUCAGGCCAAAAGUCAACAACAAGCUCAAAAUCACUCUCAAGCAUCGUCGUUGCGUCCUGUGGCCACUGCUGUGCCUGUAAUGUCCACGAUACCCACAACCACCGCCACUUCCAUGCCUGAAACUGACAAGCCUUCUCAUCGUGCGAUUGUCAUUGACAACCCUCAUUGGUGGAUCCGCCUCAUGCUUUACAUUUGCUUAUAAAUAUGUUAACUAUACUGAUGACCAUCACGAAUGAGGGAUCAGCUGCCCCUCAUCUAGGCAGCAUACUGGCGGUUCUUAUUCAUGUUCUGAUUAUUUUGGUUGAGGUUGAUUCGUGUAUCUUCAUUUCCUGUUUUUCUUCUGAAUUGUGUUCACCAGGCUUGGUAUCCGGUCUCGACAAUAACACCGAUUGUCCGCUUACUUGAUAAAAUACAAUUUCACCUAUCAAAUUCCACAAACCUUGAGCAGUACGUGAAGAUACUGUAUUGCGGUGACACUUGGCAGUGUAUACAAGAAUACUGUUCUGAUCGAUACAUACAUAUAUAUAAUUGGAC